AUGCUACCAAAGACGUGGUUUUCCGGCGCGGUUCUCGCUCUCGCCACUGUUUCCUCGGCUUUUACCCUCGAGGACCUGCACAUUGACGGCGUCAACCACUACCUGCGCCACGGCAAGCGACAAGAAGCUGAGGGCACCGGCGCUGCCUCGUCGCCAGCUCCCCCUGUCUCGUCACCUCCUCCCGCAUCACAGCCUUCGCAGCCGCCAGUCUCAACACCGCCGCCAGUCGCAUCCCCAUCCCCAUCACCACAGCCACCGCCAUCCAGCGACGACAACAAUAACAAUAACAACAACAACCCGCCUCCAUCGCAACAACCCUCAAACGACGUCCCCGCAAACACACCCACACCAACUACCACCAGGGGCAAUGGCGGCAACAACAAUAACAAUGGCCCUACGUCGACAGGACGCACAACUGCAAACGGACCGGCCGUCACUUCCCCGCCAUCCACCAUCAGGACCGCACCCAUCACCAGGACCUCGGAUCUCCUCUCUACCACCCUGCGCGAGUUCACCACCACUAUUGUCACAAUGAGCGGCGACCAGCAAAUCACGCAGACCUCGACUGGUACCAGCACCUCCGUCGCCACCACCGGACAAGUCACCUUUACCGAAGCACCCACAGAACAGCAGGGCAACAACCAAAGCAGUGACGGAGGCAUUAGCGACUCUGACAAGAAGAUCAUUGGUGGCGUCGUUGGAGGUGUCGGAGGUGCUCUGCUCCUCGGUGGCAUUGCUCUUGUUUUCUGGCGCAUGAAGAAGCGCCAAGCACGUGUCCAGGCAGACGACGAUGACCUCAUGGCCGGUACGGGCGCAGCUCUUGGUGACAAGCCGCAGAACAGCCCAGGGUCCGCUCCCUACGGAUCCAACAUGGACCAGUACUCUAGCCCCGGAGGACGGCCCAACGCAGCGGCCAACUUCUAA